UCAACAAUGGUAGGCGAAGAUAGUACUUCGGUAAGACACCGCCAGCCGAGUUCUAUGGCACACGGGACCCCUGAGAUGAAUGAAAAGCAGACGAGAGCUGAGGGAGAGAAGCCAUUCCAAAACUCAAGCAAUGGCUGGGUUGAUGUUGACCAUGUGAUAACAAAGAAAAUGCAGCUAGUAGCAGAGGCGGAGCAGUUGAAGCCGGCAUUCAUGAAGGAGGUGGACAGUCACUUUACAGAGUUUGUGAACAGUUUCAUAGCAAAGUCCGUGUUUCUGGAAUCCUCCACAGCAACGUCCAUUUUCCCAGCUACCUGCUCAGAGAAAGACUUGCACAAAACCAAGGGCUUGAGAGCACCUCCAGAACAUGGAAAGGUCUUUACUGCUAGGAGGUCCCUCUUGGAUGAGCUGUUUGAAGUGAACCACAUCCGGACAAUCUACCACAUGUUCAUCGCUGUCCUCAUCCUCUUCAUUCUCAGCACACUUGUAGUAGACUAUAUUGAUGAAGGAAGGUUGGUGCUUGAAUUUGAUCUUUUAGUCUUCGCUUUUGGCAAGUUUCCUGUUGUUAUUUCCACCUGGCUCUGCAUGUUUUUGUCCACAUUCAUUUUACCCUAUGGCCUCUUCCUGCAGUGGGCCCAAGGCCACUGCUGUUCCUCCCACCGGAAAAUCCGUGCCUUCUUCUUCGGGACUCUCUUCAUGCUCUUCCAAACCAUCGGGCUUGGGUUUGGACCAACGUACGUUGCUGUGUCGUAUGCUCUGCCCCCAGCCUCUCGGUUCAUUAUUAUACUUGAACAGGUUCGUCUAAUUAUGAAGGCUUAUUCAUUCAUUAGGGAGAACAUUCCCCGAGUUGUAUCUUCAGCCAAGGAGAAGUCAAGCACCAUUCCAGUUCCCCAAGUUACCCAGUAUCUGUAUUUCCUCUUUGCUCCCACUCUCAUCUACAGGGACAACUAUCCCAGGAAUCCCACAAUAAGAUGGGGUUAUGUAGCUACAAAGUUUGCACAGGUAAUUGGUUCACUUUUUUAUGCCUACUACAUCUUUGUGCGACUCUGCAUCCCUCCAUUUCGGAACAUAAGUCAGGAACCCUUCAAUCUGCGAGGGCUGGUCCUCUGCAUUUUCAAUUCCAUCUUGCCAGGUGUUCUGAUUCUCUUCUUGGUCUUUUUUGCAUUCCUUCACUGCUGGCUUAAUGCAUUUGCUGAGAUGCUGCGCUUUGCAGACAGAAUGUUUUACAAGGAUUGGUGGAAUUCCACAUCAUAUGCAAACUAUUAUCGAACUUGGAAUGUGGUAGUACAUGACUGGCUGUAUUACUACGCUUACAGGGACUUCUUGUGGUUCUUUGGUAAGAAGUUCAAAGCUGCUGCUAUGCUGUCUGUCUUUGCUGUCUCAGCUGCCGUACAUGAGUAUGUCCUAGGAGUCUGCUUUGGUUAUUUCUAUCCAGUCCUCUUCUGCCUCUUCAUGUGCUUUGGAAUGGUUUUCAACUUCAUUCUUAAUGACCGUCGAAAAGGGCCCAUUUGGAAUGUGAUUAUGUGGACCUCUCUCUUUCUGGGCCAAGGUGUCAUCAUUUGCCUUUAUAGCCAGGAGUGGUAUGCACAUCAGUAUUGCCCCUUGAAAAAUCCCACAUUCCUGGAUUAUGUGAAACCACGUUCCUGGGACUGUCAUAUUCAGAUUUAAAACUGAUAAACUCAGCUUUCAUCUUACCUUCCAUAUCUGAAGAUCAGCCUGUGCUCUCCAAAGGACAGGGACCAAUGACAUAAUUCACUUCAGAUCUUUUUUUAAGGGAAGUUGUGCCUCCUGAUUAUUGGAGAUAAACUGUUUUUGUAACUUUACUGAGGCAGUCCAGUUGAAGUGGACUGCAGCAGGCUUCCAUGUAGCUCUCAUUGUACACAGCUACACUCACGCAGUUCCAAGUCAUCAUGAAACACU